GGCUCCGGGCGCAGCGCGCGCGCCAGAGAGAAGCGGCUCGAAGUGGCUCCCCGCCAGCCGCUCGUCUCCUCCCCGCUUUCCCGCCCUCUCCGCCGGGCCGGGGGGAAAGCGUGCUCUCUCCGCGUUUCCCUCAUGGCCACGAGCCGCGCCAUGCAGCCUCCCCGGGCGCUCCUCUAAGCCAUGCCGCCGCUGGCGCUGCUCCUCCCGGCGCUGCUGGCCGCCUUGGCGCCUCCGUGCCGAGGCUGGUCCGCUCCGGAGCCCGAGCUGGCGCUGCCGCCCCUCAACGCCUCUUCGGCGCCCUUGGCGGGCUCCUCGGGAGGGCGGGAAGCGGCCGCUCAGGAGGGGGAAGCGCGCCCCACGGCCACGGCCGCCCCUUCGCCCCACCGCCGCCCUCCGGCGCCUCAGCCGCAGCAGCAGCCGCCGCCGCCUCGCGAGGACCCUCCGUGCAACAUCAGCGUGCAGCGCCAGAUGCUGAGCUCGCUGCUGGUGCGCUGGAGCCCGCUGGGCUUCCAGUGCGACCUGGUGCUCUUCUCCACCAGCGGCCCCGGCGGGCGCGCCUUCUUCUCGGCCGCCUUCCACCGCGUGGGGCCGCCGCCGCUGCUCAUCGAGCACGUCGGGCUGGCGGCCGGCGGCGUCCAGCAGGAUCUGCGCCUGUGCGUGGGCUGCAGCUGGGCCCGGGGCAGGCGCGUGGGUCGCCUCCGCUCGGGGGUCGCCAACCCGGCGCCCGCCGCAGCCGCCGCCUCCUCCUCCUCCGCGCUCUCUUCCUCCUCCCUGCCCUCUCCGGAGCAGCAAGGCGACCGGCUGCAUUUCUGCUGCCUCGAUUUCAGCCUGGAAGAGCUGAAGGGGGAUCCCGGCUGGAGGAUGAACCGAAAGCCCAUCGAGUCCACCUUGGUGGCUUGCUUCAUGACGCUCGUCAUCAUCGUGUGGAGCGUGGCCGCCCUCAUCUGGCCGGUGCCCAUCAUCGCCGGCUUCCUGCCCAACGGCAUGGAGCAGAGGAGGAGCGCCGCCGCAGCCGCCGCCGCCUCGGGAAGCACAUCUGGAGCAGCUGCAGCCGCCGCCAAAUGACCCCCAUCCAGUACCGGAUGAAACCCCGAAGAGGCCCAUCGGGGAUCGAAAUCUUGCCGCCCUCCCAGUGGGAUAACACUCAACUCAGAAAGCUGGAUUUGACAUUUUCCUUCCAAGAUCAAAUCAAUCUCGGGGCCCCUAAAAGGCGUGGGGGCCUGGUCUGCCUAUUUCUUAAUCCAGCACUGCCUCACCCCUGUCUCCCUUUUGCUUCCUCCUCCUCCUCCUCCUCCUCCUCCUCCUCCUCGCUUCCUGAUCUAAUCCAGGUCGUAUCCAUUGUCAUGGAUGCCGCCCGUCCCCUCUAGUGGGAUAACAUUGAACUCAGAAAGCUUGAUUUGUCAUUUUCCUUCGAGAUCAAAUCAAUUUUGUUUUGAUCUCAGGCCGGUGCCUAACUCUGGCUAUUUGGUAAUCUGGCACCACUGCCCCAUCCCUGCCUCCUUUUCGGUUCUUCCUCGCUUCCUGAUCUAAUUCGGGUCAGAUCCAUUGCCGUGGAUGGGCCUCUGAUUUGGGCACUGACCUUGCUAUGCUUUUUGGGGGUAGUGUUGAAAAGGAGUAUUUUUGUAGAUCACUGCAAAGCCAUCUUCUUGGCGUGGAGUGCUGAAGAGAGUGGACUUGGGUGGAAAUCUUGUAGCUGGGAUCUUUGGGGGACCACCCCCCUCCCCUGCUCGCUUAAGGGGGUUUAUAGAUCUAUUUCUGGUGUGCUCAAAGUCAUAUCUUUUUUUUUAGAAAAAUGACCAAAACCUGUGUAUUGGCUUUAUAUAUUUAAAACUCUUUUAAGUCAGUAUUUUAGUAAAGACCACACACACACACAAACCCAGUGCACUUUGCAAGUAGCUGUGAGUCAGAGUACUUAUUUGUAUAUGAAUACACUUUUGUCUCUGCAAAAUUUUAUUUACCAAAUGAGGGAACUUUUUGGGGGCAGGGUUGAAACUUGCUAAUACAAUAUAUAUUGUUCCUGGAGAACCGGGAGUUGAAACACUCUUUUACAAUGUGUGUGUUUCUUAUUAGAGAAUGUGUGGUUACUGUUGUAAUUCUGUUGGGUUCUGAAUACAGAUAUUUUCUUUGUCG